AUGGGAGACGAUUCAGUGGACGAAAUCACUAUCACCAACUUCGCCGACGCUGGUUGUGCGAUUAAAGACAUUCAGAAGUAUUUACAGGAUCAUUCGAAACUUGUAGCUGACCAAUUCGAAAUCUUCCGACAGCAGACACAAGAUUUUGUGAGAGAAUCAGUGCAAGAUGCAACAGAGGAAAUUCGACAAUUAAUUUUGCAGAUGAACGUAAAUCCAAUAGGAGAUGCUCAUCGCACCAACGGAUUUGCCGGAGGUCGUGGACAUCGCCGAGAACGCCACAUGGGAAUUGAUGAUCAACGCGCUAUGGGAUUCGCCCGUAGACGUGGCCAUCAACAAGGAGGUCGACGUAUCGAAGGGUUUGAACGUGACCAAGACUUUGAAGAAACCGCACAACGAGAACUCAUUGAAUUUGCCAACUUCAAUGAAAGGGAACCUACUUAUCAACGAUGUCAAGGAGGCGAAGACUUUAAGAUUAAGGCUGAUAUCCCUAACUUCACUGGAAAUUUAAAUGCUGACGAGUUCUUGGAUUGGCUAAUGGAAGUUGAGAGGUUAUUUGAGCUUAUGGGAAUCGCUGCAAACAAGCGUGUGAAGUAUGCAGCUUAUAAACUAAAAGAUGAUUAUGAGCAAACAUUAUUUGAGCAGUACCAAGAGGUUUCUCAAGAGAACAGAUCAGUCCAGGACUUCACAACCGAUUUCUAUCGGCUUGUAGAACGAAACAAAUUGACAGAGACUAAAGCUCAACAAGUUGCAAGAUAUAUACGGGGAUUAAAUCCUCAAAUUCAGGACAAAAUUGGGUUGCUUACAUUCAAGGAUGUUGGAGAAGCUCACAAAAUGGCCUUGAAAGCUGAAAAGCUUGCAAAAAGCACCAUUGCAACAACAAAUAACAGACGGAGCUGGAAUGACACAGCAACUUUCAGCAGAACCAAAGAAAGCAUUGCAACCAAGCCUCUUAGUAUUUCCAACAAACCCAUAGAGGUGGCAGCAAGCAAACCAGGGCACAUCUCCAGUCAAUAUCCUCUACGGCAAACUGAAAAGGCUGAAAGGACUGAAAAGCGUCUUGUUAACUUCAUAGAAGGAGAUGAUGAACAACACGAAGAAGAAGAAGAAGACGAGGUGGUGGAGGAAGCAGAAGAAUAUUCUGGUGAUGACAGGGAGUACAAUUUAGUUACUCAACGGCUUGUUAACUUCAUAGAAGGAGAUGAUGAACAACACGAAGAAGAAGAAGAAGACGAGGUGGUGGAGGAAGCAGAAGAAUAUUCUGGUGAUGACAGGGAGUACAAUUUAGUUACUCAACGGCUGUUGUGUUCAACAAAACAAGAAAACCAGCGACAUAGUAUCUUUCGGAGUACAUGCACUAUCAAAGAAAAACCUAUGUCAUUGAUAAUAGACAGUGGAAGUUGUGAGAACUUCGUCUCAAAGAAAGUGGUGGAACACUUCAACCUUCUUACUAUGAAACAUAGAGCUCCAUAUGCCAUUGGAUGGAUCAAGAAAGGCCUAGAAGUUCGCAUCACCGAAACAUGUAAAGUGUCAAUUUCAAUUGGGAAAUUCUAUCAAGAUGAAGUUGAAUGUGACGUGGUAGACAUGGACGCCAGCCACGUACUUCUAGGCAAACCAUGGCAGCAUGAUGUCAACACUAUCCACAAUGGAAGAGAAAACACAGUAUCGUUCAUAUGGGAAAAACACCAUAUUACUUUGAAGCCUAAGACCAAGCCUACAAAUCUGGUUUCACCAAAAGAGUCUAACUUUCUUAUUGUUGCUGAACCUUGUGAAAAGGUGGAAGAACUUGUGAAGGAUGCAGAAGCUAUUUAUCCUUUGGUGGUUAGGGAAGUAAUGGUGGCUGAGGACAACAAAGAGGAGAAGAAAAUUCCAAAAGAAGUCCAGCAAUUACUGCAGGAUUUUGAAGAAUUAUUGGCUGAUGAUCUUCCAAAUGAACUACCUCCUAUGCGAGAUAUCCAACACCAAAUCGAUCUUGUCUCUGGAGCUAGUUUACCUAACCUCCCUCAUUAUCGGAUGAGCCCUAAGGAGAACGAGAUACUUAAAGAGAAAAUUGAAGAGUUGCUACGAAAAGGACACAUUCGAGAAAGCAUGAGCCCUUGUGCAGUGCCUGUUUUGUUAGUACCAAAGAAGGAUAGGAGCUGGAGGAUGUGUGUGGACAGCCGUGCAAUCAACAAGAUCACAAUAAAAUAUCGGUUUCCGAUUCCUCAACUUGAAGAUAUGUUGGAUGUCCUAGGUGGCUCAGUAGUAUUCUCUAAAAUUGAUCUGAGAAGUGGAUAUCAUCAAAUUCGAAUCAAACUAGGCGAUGAAUGGAAGACGGCAUUCAAAAGCAAAGAUGGGCUUUACGAAUGGUUAGUCAUGCCGUUUGGAUUAUCUAAUGCACCUAGUACUUUCAUGAGAGUGAUGAAUCAAGUCCUGAAGCCUUAUAUUGGGACAUGUGUGGUAGUAUACUUUGACGACAUACUAAUCUACAGCAAGAGCAAGGAAGAACACUUGCAACAUCUGCGUAAAGUUCUUGAAGUUCUCCAAGAAAAUAAGUUGUACGUGAACUUGAAGAAGUGCAGUUUCAUGACCAAGAAGCUUCUGUUUUUGGGUUAUGUGGUUAGCUCAGAAGGUAUAAAUGUUGACCAAGACAAGGUGAAAGCAAUUCAGGAAUGGCCUACACCUAAAACAGUUGGUGACGUACGAAGUUUUCAUGGAUUGGCAACCUUCUAUCGCCACUUUGUGCCAAAUUUCAGUGCUAUCACUGCACCAAUAACCGAAUGUAUGAAGAAAGGCAGAUUUCAAUGGGGUGAAGAACAUGAAAAGAGUUUUGCCAUGAUUAAGUACAAGUUAAGCACAGCACCGGUACUAGCUCUGUCUGAUUUUGACAAGAUUUUUGAGAUAGAAACUGAUGUUUGUGGGGUAGGAAUAGGGGCUGUCUUAUCUCAAGAAAGGAAACCAGUGGCGUAUUUUAGUGAGAAGCUUAAUGAAGCUAGGCAAAAGUGGAGUACAUACGACCAAGAGUUCUAUGCAGUUGUUCGGGCCUUGAAACAGUGGGAACAUUAUCUUGUGCAGAGGGAAUUUGUGCUAUACACUGACCAUCAAGCCUUGAAAUACAUCAACAGUUAA